AUGUCCUAUAACGAUCCCAACUUGAAUGAUCAGUAUUAUGAUAAUGGUAAUGGGAAUGGUGACGGUAAUUAUCCUACGUAUGAAGUGACACAAGAUCAAAGUGCGUACGAUGAGUAUGGCCAACCUAUUUACGCGCAAGGCCAACUGGAUGAUGGUUACUACGAUCCAAAUGAACAGUACGUUGAAGGUGCUCAAGUUCAAGGGCCCGCUCAGGCCCAAGACUCUUAUAAUAACGAUGCUGGCUACUAUAGCCAGCCUCCUAAUGUGAUGAAUCCAUCUUCUCAAGAUGGAGAAAACUUCUCAGAUUUUAGUAGCUACGGUCCUCCUUCUGGUAGUUAUCCUAACGAUCAAUAUACUCCCUCACAAAUGAGCUAUCCUGAUCAGGAUGGCUCUUCCGGAGCCUCGACGCCUUAUGGAAAUGGUGCAGUUGAUAGCAACGGCCACUAUUAUGAUCCUAAUGCCAUUGAAGCGGCUUUACCAAAUGAGCCUUAUCCAGCCUGGACUGCGGACCCUCAGUCUCCCCUGCCCAUCGAACAGAUCGAAGAUAUCUUUAUAGAUUUAACGAAUAAAUUUGGAUUUCAAAGAGAUUCCAUGAGAAACAUGUUUGACCAUUUCAUGACCCUUUUGGAUUCAAGAUCCUCUAGGAUGUCCCCCGAGCAGGCCCUUUUAUCUUUACAUGCUGAUUAUAUUGGUAGUGAUACUGCCAACUACAAAAAAUGGUACUUUGCUGCUCAACUCGACAUGGAUGAUGAGAUCGGGUUCAGAAAUAUGAAAUUGGGUAAAUUGUCAAGAAAGGCAAGAAAGGCUAAGAAGAAAAAUAAAAAAGCCAUUCAAGAAGCUAACCUUGAAGAUACUGAAGAGACUUUGAACCAAAUAGAGGGUGAUAACUCCUUAGAAGCUGCUGACUUUAGGUGGAAGACAAAGAUGAAUCAACUUUCUCCAUUUGAAAUGGUUCGCCAAAUCGCUUUGUAUCUAUUAUGUUGGGGCGAGUCAAACCAGGUCAGGUUUACUCCCGAGUGCCUUUGUUUCAUUUACAAAUGCGCUUCUGAUUACUUAGACUCUCCACAAUGUCAACAACGUUCUGACCCCUUGCCAGAAGGUGAUUUCCUAAACAGAGUGAUUACUCCUCUGUACCGAUUUAUUAGAAAUCAAGUUUACCAAAUUUUGGACGGUCGUUACGUGAAGAGCGAAAAGGAUCAUAACAAGGUCAUCGGUUAUGAUGAUGUAAACCAACUAUUCUGGUAUCCAGAGGGUAUAGCCAAAAUCGUCAUGGAAGAUGGAACGAGACUGAUUGAUUUACCGGCGGAAGAGCGUUAUUCAAAGUUGGGCGAAAUCAUAUGGGAUGAUGUUUUUUUCAAGACUUACAAAGAGACUCGUUCUUGGUUACAUCUAGUCACCAACUUCAACCGUAUUUGGAUCAUGCACAUCUCGGUUUAUUGGAUGUACUGCGCUUAUAAUGCUCCGACUCUUUACACCCAUAACUAUCAACAAUUGGUGAAUAAUCAACCUCUGGCAGCUUAUAAGUGGGCCACCGCAGCAUUAGGUGGUACUGUAGCAUGUUUGAUUCAAAUUGCUGCUACUUUAUGCGAAUGGUCAUUUGUUCCAAGAAAAUGGGCUGGUGCUCAACAUUUGUCUCGCCGAUUCUGGUUCUUAUGCAUCAUCCUAGGUAUUAAUCUCGGGCCGGUAAUAUUUGUUUUCGCUUAUGACAAGGAUACCGUAUAUUCCACUGCCGCCCGUGUUGUGGGUGCUGUUAUGUUUUUCGUUGCUGUAGCAACACUUGUUUUUUUCUCGAUAAUGCCAUUAGGUGGGUUAUUUACAUCGUAUAUGAAGAAAUCUACAAGAAGUUAUGUCGCUUCACAGACUUUCACCGCGUCUUUUGCUCCAUUGCAUGGCUUAGAUAGAUGGAUGUCUUAUUUGGUCUGGGCAACGGUUUUUGCUGCCAAGUAUGCAGAGUCGUAUUUCUUUUUGAUUCUAUCACUAAGAGACCCAAUUAGAAUUCUGUCCACUACUUCCAUGAGAUGUACUGGUGAAUACUGGUGGGGUGAUAAAAUCUGUAAAGUGCAGCCUAAAAUUGUGUUAGGCUUGAUGGUCGCGACAGAUUUCAUUCUGUUCUUUUUAGAUACUUACCUAUGGUACAUCGUCGUUAACACCAUUUUCUCUGUUGGUAAAUCUUUCUAUUUGGGUAUCUCUAUCUUGACCCCAUGGAGAAAUAUUUUUACCAGAUUGCCCAAAAGAAUUUACUCAAAGAUUUUGGCUACUUCUGAUAUGGAGAUUAAAUACAAACCGAAAGUUUUGAUUUCUCAAAUUUGGAAUGCUAUCAUUAUCUCCAUGUACAGAGAGCAUUUAUUGGCCAUUGAUCAUGUACAAAAGCUACUGUAUCAUCAAGUUCCAUCUGAAAUUGAAGGUAAAAGAACUUUGAGAGCCCCUACUUUCUUUGUAUCUCAAGAUGAUAAUAACUUCGAUACUGAAUUUUUCCCCAGAGAUUCGGAAGCUGAACGUCGUAUAUCUUUUUUCGCCCAAUCUUUAUCUACACCUAUUCCCGAACCACUUCCAGUUGACAACAUGCCAACUUUUACUGUAUUAACUCCUCACUAUGCUGAAAGAAUUUUAUUGUCAUUAAGAGAGAUUAUCCGUGAGGAUGAUCAAUUUUCAAGAGUCACUCUUUUGGAAUACCUGAAACAACUACAUCCAGUAGAAUGGGACUGCUUUGUUAAGGAUACCAAAAUUUUGGCUGAAGAAACUGCAGCGUAUGAGAACAACGAGGAAGAACCCGAAAAGGAAGACGCUUUAAAGUCUCAAAUCGAUGAUUUGCCUUUUUACUGCAUUGGUUUUAAAUCAGCUGCGCCUGAAUAUACCUUACGUACGAGAAUUUGGGCUUCUUUGAGGUCUCAAACUUUAUAUCGUACCAUCUCUGGGUUCAUGAAUUAUUCAAGGGCCAUCAAGUUACUUUAUCGUGUGGAAAACCCAGAAAUUGUUCAAAUGUUUGGUGGCAACGCCGAUGGUUUAGAAAGAGAACUAGAAAAAAUGGCAAGAAGAAAGUUUAAAUUUUUGGUCUCUAUGCAAAGAUUGGCCAAGUUUAAACCUCAUGAACUGGAAAAUGCUGAGUUUUUAUUAAGGGCUUAUCCAGACUUACAAAUUGCAUAUUUGGAUGAAGAGCCACCUUUGAGUGAGGGAGAAGAACCAAGAAUUUACUCUGCUUUGAUCGAUGGUCACUGUGAAAUCUUAGAAAAUGGUCGUAGACGUCCCAAAUUUAGAGUCCAAUUGUCUGGUAAUCCAAUUCUUGGUGAUGGUAAAUCUGAUAACCAAAAUCAUGCUUUGAUUUUUUACAGAGGUGAAUAUAUUCAGCUCAUUGAUGCUAAUCAAGACAACUACCUGGAAGAGUGCUUGAAGAUCAGGUCUGUCUUGGCAGAAUUUGAAGAAUUAGGUAUUGAACAGAUUCAUCCUUACACUCCUGGUUUGAAAUAUGCGGAUCAGCCAACAAAUCACCCUGUCGCGAUUGUCGGCGCUAGAGAAUACAUUUUCUCUGAGAACUCUGGUGUUUUGGGUGAUGUGGCUGCUGGUAAAGAACAAACUUUUGGUACAUUAUUUGCUCGUACUCUAGCACAGAUUGGUGGUAAAUUACAUUAUGGUCAUCCAGAUUUCAUCAAUGCAACAUAUAUGACGACAAGAGGUGGUGUUUCUAAAGCACAAAAGGGUUUACAUUUGAACGAAGAUAUUUAUGCUGGUAUGAAUGCCAUACUUCGUGGUGGUCGUAUCAAACAUUGUGAGUACUACCAAUGUGGUAAAGGUAGAGAUUUGGGUUUCGGUACCAUUUUGAAUUUCACCACAAAGAUUGGUGCUGGUAUGGGUGAACAAAUGUUGUCCCGUGAAUAUUACUAUUUGGGUACUCAAUUACCUAUCGAUCGUUUCUUGACGUUCUAUUAUGCGCAUCCAGGUUUCCAUUUGAAUAACUUGUUUAUUCAAUUAUCUUUGCAAAUGUUUAUGCUGACGUUAGUAAAUCUAUCUGCUUUGGCCCACGAAUCUAUCAUGUGUAUUUAUGAUAGAAACAAGCCAACCACUGAUGUUUUGUAUCCAAUCGGUUGUUACAACUUUCAACCUGUAGUUGAUUGGGUGAGACGUUACACAUUAUCCAUUUUCAUUGUCUUCUGGAUUGCUUUCGUCCCCAUUGUCGUUCAGGAGUUAAUCGAACGUGGUUUAUGGAAAGCCACCCAAAGAUUCUUCCGUCAUAUUUUAUCCUUAUCACCAAUGUUUGAAGUUUUCGCCGGCCAAAUCUAUUCAUCUGCGUUAUUGAGUGACAUUGCUAUCGGUGGAGCCCGUUAUAUUUCAACAGGACGUGGUUUUGCCACGUCACGUAUACCGUUCUCCAUUCUUUAUUCAAGAUUUGCUGGUUCAGCUAUCUACAUGGGGUCAAGAUCGAUGUUGAUGCUAUUAUUUGGUACCGUCGCGCAUUGGCAAGCUCCGUUAUUAUGGUUUUGGGCAUCACUAUCUGCUUUAAUUUUUGCGCCGUUCAUCUUUAAUCCGCACCAAUUUGCUUGGGAAGAUUUCUUCCUAGACUACAGAGAUUAUAUUAGAUGGCUUUCAAGAGGUAAUAAUAAAUAUCACAGGAAUUCAUGGAUUGGUUAUGUGAGAAUGUCAAGGUCUCGCAUAACAGGGUUCAAGCGUAAACUGGUUGGAGAUGAAUCUGAAAAAUCUGCGGGAGAUGCAAGCAGAGCUCAUAGAACCAAUCUGAUAAUGGCAGAGAUUAUACCGUGCGCUAUUUAUGCAGCAGGUUGUUUCAUUGCCUUCACAUUCAUUAAUGCACAAACUGGCGUCAAGACUGGUGAAGAUGGUACAGUGAACUCUGUUUUACGUGUUAUUAUUUGUACCUUGGCUCCUAUUGCUGUCGAUCUCGGUGUUCUAUUCUUCUGUAUGGGUAUGUCUUGUUGUUCAGGGCCUCUGUUAGGCAUGUGUUGCAAGAAGACAGGCUCCGUAAUGGCAGGCAUUGCACAUGGUGUUGCUGUUAUUGUCCAUAUUGUUUUUUUUAUUGUCAUGUGGGUUCUGGAAGGUUUCAGUUUCGUUAAAAUGUUGAUAGGUGUUGUUACGUGCCUACAGUGUCAAAGGCUGAUUUUCCACUGUAUGACGGUAUUGUUGUUGACCCGUGAAUUUAAAAAUGAUCAUGCUAACACAGCCUUUUGGACAGGUAAGUGGUAUGGUACUGGUUUGGGAUAUAUGGCAUGGACUCAACCAGCGAGAGAGCUGACUGCCAAAGUUAUCGAGCUCUCUGAGUUUGCUGCAGAUUUUGUCCUGGGGCAUAUAAUUUUAAUUUGUCAACUACCGAUUGUUUGUAUCCCCAAAAUAGAUAAAUUUCACUCUAUCAUGCUAUUUUGGUUGAAACCAUCUCGUCAAAUUCGCCCACCAAUUUAUUCUUUGAAACAGGCACGCCUACGUAAACGCAUGGUUAGAAGGUAUUGCAGUUUAUAUUUCUUGGUUUUGGCCAUAUUUGUUGGUUGUAUUGUUGGUCCAGCUGUUGCUGCAUCUCAUGUUCCACAUGAUCUCGGAUCUACGCUGAAAGAUACUUUCCACAACCUAAUUCAACCAAGAAACACAUCCAACAACGAUACUGGCUCUCAGAUGUCUACCUAUAAGAGUCACUACUACACUCAUACGCCAUCUCUAAAGACUUGGUCAACCAUCAAAUGA